AUGUUGUGCUUUUUGUCAUCUUCCUGCUGGAAGACAGCUGUGGUACUUUCGAGCUUGCCGAACUACCACUACUUAAUAUGUGUUGGCCCGACCGUCUGCCGGCAGAGCACUUGUUGGCUGGCCUUCGACCGGGGCUUGAGGGCGCUCAGAGCGCUCCUCUCCCGAACCCCCCUGCCCAUCGAGUGGAACGGCCCGGAGACUACUCGGCCGGGCCUCCCCUCCCGCCGCCAGCUCCUGAAUGAGGCCGCGGCCGCCAAGGAUUGCCCCGGCGGCUCGGCGGCGGGAGGGCACAGCGCGCCGGGCCCCAGCCUCAUCGCCGGCUACCUCUUGCUGCCCCUGCCCGACAGGGAGCACGUUUCGCGGGCGCUCGACAUCAACACCGGCCGGGAGUUGCGCUGCAAGGUCUUCCCCCUGAAACACUACCAGGACAAGAUCCGGCCUUACAUCCAGCUCCCCUCGCACAGAAACAUCACCGGCAUCGUGGAAGUGAUCCUGGGCGACACCAAGGCCUACGUCUUCUUUGACAAGGACUUCGGCGACAUGCAUUCCUACGUCCGGAGCUGCAAGCGUCUGCCAGAGCAGGAGGCCGCCCGGCUCUUCAAGCAGAUAGUCUCCGCUGUGGCUCACUGCCACCAGUCGGCCAUAGUCUUGGGGGACCUGAAGCUCAGGAAGUUCGUUUUUUCAAGCGAAGAAAGGACGCAACUGAGGCUGGAAAGUUUGGAAGAUACCCACAUCAUCAAAGGGGAAGACGACGCCUUGUCGGACAAACAUGGCUGCCCGGCCUACGUCAGCCCAGAAAUCCUAAACACAACUGGGACUUAUUCCGGCAAGUCAGCUGACGUUUGGAGUUUAGGAGUAAUGCUGUACACCCUCUUGGUGGGACGCUAUCCCUUUCAUGACUCGGACCCUAGCGCCCUGUUUUCAAAAAUCCGCCGCGGACAGUUCUGUAUCCCCGAUCACGUCUCCCCUAAAGCCAGGUGUCUCAUCCGCAGCCUGCUGCGACGAGACCCCUCCGAGAGACUCGCGGCGCCAGAAAUUUUGCUCCAUCCUUGGUUUGAUGCCGUUUUGGAGUCUGGACACGUUGGCCACGACUUGGGAGCCUCCGAUCAGAUGGUCCCGGAAAACUCAAGAGAGGAUGACGAUAUCAGUUCCUUCUUCUGCUAGUCCCGAUUUUGCCCUUGAGGGAGGAGGACGUCGUAUCCACGUACAGCUCCCCCCCC